CUUGACCGUUUCUAUCGCUCUUGGAUUGUUAGACUACAGACAAAAUAAACUUUAAAGCCCGCCGGGAUUUUCUUGGAUUUUGAAGUGCACGUAGGAGGAAAUGGCGUCGCCGUCGUGGAUUCAAUCGCUGUUGAACCCCUCGAAGAAUUGGUUCGCCGCACAGCAUAUGAAAGCUAUCUCCAACCGCCUCCGAAAAUACGGUUUGAGAUACGAUGAUUUGUUUGAUCCGAAGGAGCAUUUGGACAUCAAGGAGGCUAUGGAACGGCUACCUCAAGAAGUUAUCGAUGCUCGGAACCAGCGUCUCAAACGUGCUAUAGAUCUCUCAAUGAAGCAUGAGUACCUCCCUGAUGAUCUUCAGAAAAUGCAGACGCCAUUUAGAAGUUAUCUGCAUGAAAUGGUGGAUCUCGUAGAGAAAGAGAGAGCAGAACGGACAGCUUUAGGAGCAUUGCCUCUUUACCAAAGGACAUUCCCAUGAUGUGCCAUCUCUGGGAACAAAUGAUUUUGAUGAUUAAUAAUUGGCAUUCUUCUUUUUCCGCCGCCCAGAUGAUUAGAAAUCAUCUAUUGUUUUCUUGCUGUUGCUUUAGGCAACACUAUUAGGUCUGCCGGCUGUUUGUGGCAAAUAAUGUUUCUAUGCAACUCAAGUUUUAGAGAUAAGAGGGUUGUUAGAAAGUUCUUUUUGUCCAUUGCACUUCUAAAACUAGCCAUCUUUCUUCUGUCUUUGGUUUCAGCUGAGAUGUUUUGAAAUUCAGCAUUGGCGUUUUAGUUAUAUCAGCAGCAUCUAGAUUACAGGUGCUAUUGUGAACCA